GUGUAUGACUCGACGCCAUUUCGUGUCCACUGGUUUCAAGGUGAUACAAUCAGCCUGCAAGAGCCUGUAAACGGAUCUUUACCUACUCAAGUAAAAAAAAAAAACAGCGUUGAAUUUUACUCGUUUUUAAGUAUUAAGCUCCCUGGUGAGUAUUUUUAACCGAGAGAUUUUUUUUCCCUAUAUUUUUUUUAUUUUUCUCGACUUUGAAAACCUCUUUGGGACUUUUUUGUUUUCAUUUUUAAAUGCAUUUUUCCCUGCUGAGACUGUGUUGAGCUUUAUAGUGGCGUACAUUUUGUGGUUGGCAAUAUUGAGCUGCGCAGAAAGAAAACUAGUUUGGAAGAUUUUUUGCUUUUGUUUUUCGAGUGAGACAUUUCAAAAAAACCUCCAUAUUUUUGCAGGGCUGCUGUGUUUACCUCGUUUGUUUAUCUUGAUUUGUGAUGGAGGCAAGAAAGAUGGAAGAAGGUUCCAGUCUGUUCUGGACAGUGUGCAAAGAUGGUCGCCCUUUUUCUGGAGCUCUGUUUUUAAAAGGUUUUUCACCUGUAACUUCAUUGCAGUCGUUGACAUUUUUCCCCUCUUGUUUUCUUUGUGAUUUUGGCAGUGCUGAGAGAGAGACAGUAUGGUUUUCUGCAGCAAAAAAAUCUUGCAGGAGUGAUGUAAUUUUUCAGGCAAGAUGUUUUUUUUUUCUCUUCAGUUUUUUUUUAAGGAACAUUAACACCUGGGAUUGCUUUAGAAUUUGUGCAUUUUGUUUUUGAUGCCACUUUUUUGAACGGCGGCAAAUCGUAAGUUGGUCUCAACCUUUUUUUUUUUUUUUUUGGUUUAUUUUUCCACCUCAACUUUUGCAUCACUUUUUUUAUAUUCCACUUUCGUUUUCACCCCCCCUUUGUGAUUCAGCCCAUUUCUCCCCCCUUUUGGAUUUAGAGCAAGUAGCAUGUAGUUUUUUCUUUUUCUUUUUGUGCUGUGAAAGUAGAAGAUCAACUGCUGUUAGUGGCCUCUUACAUGAGCUUUUCCCCAUACAUUCCCAGUUUAUGAUAAUCAAAUGCAGAAUUGUCAGUGCCGAGGCCCCAUUUGUAGCUGAAUAACACUCCCUCAACUCCCCUCCUGCAUCCAGUCCUUGGAUUAAGUCCCGGCACUGACAAAGGCAAAAAUAAUGCUGCCUUUGCUUUUAUAAUGUUUUUGUUUUUUUUGUCUUUUUUGACUGUGCAUGCCAUUUGAUGGAGUCAAAUCUGGUCUAUUGCCCACACAGACAAAAGAUAAUAACAGUUAUGUCACCGUCAUCACCCCCAAAAACUCACACAGGCAGGCAGACCUCCACCAACCCGAGUACAGACACGAUGGACCCGAUGGCCAGCAGCAAUGUGACCAACAAGACUGACCCUCGCUCCCUCAACUCCCGGGUCUUCAUCGGCAACCUCAACACCCUGCUGGUCACCAAGGCCGACGUGGAGGCCAUCUUCUCCAAGUACGGCAAGGUGGUGGGCUGCUCCGUGCACAAGGGCUACGCCUUCGUGCAGUACGCCAACGAGAGGAACGCCCGGAACGCCGUGGUCAGCGAGGACGGCCGCAUGAUCGUGGGACAGGUGCUAGACAUCAACCUGGCAGGCGAGCCAAAACCUCACAGAUCGAAGACGGUGAAGCGUUCUGCCGGAGACAUGUACAGUUCAUCUGUUGACCUGGACUAUGACUUUCAAAGAGAUUAUUAUGAUAGGAUGUACUCCUACCAGUCCCGGGUGCCGCCUCCCCCUCCGCCCCUGUCCCGCGCCGUCAUCCCCUCGAAGCGUCCGAGGGUCAGCGUGAGCGGAGGAGGCAGCCGACGAACCAAAACCAGCUUCUCCUCCUCCUCCAAGACCAGCCAGAGGACCUCCCGUGCGAUGAAGGUCGAUGACCUGCAGACCAUCAAGAGAGAGCUCACGCAGAUCAAACACAAGGUGGACUACCUGCUGGAGAGCUUAGAGCGCAUGGAAAAGGACCACAGCAAGAAGUCAGACAUGAAGAGCCAACCAGAACCAGGCGAGGUGUCCCCCCUCAACUCCUCCACCUCCAGCAAGAAAGGUGACCUGAAACGGGGGCUGAACGACUCGGACGAGGAGGGAGAUCUGCUGGAGGACGAAGACGAGAUGAAAAUGAGAGGGAGAGAAGACGAGGAGCACGAGGAAGGAGAGGACGACGGAGAUAGCGCCAACGGAGACGAGUCCUAAACACUACACAGGCAGACACACACACACACACACACACACACUUACACAACAACACAGAUUGUGUAUGAUCGUAUCUCCACACCAGACUUGUACACAAUGUUCAUGUGCUCAUAUCUGCUGUAUUGACUGGACAUUUAUAAACAGCGUAUUGUAGAUAAUGCUUUCUCACACACAUUCAUAAAUUAGUCUAGUAGUUGUUUCUGGAUUUUACAAUGUACGAGUUUGAUUUUUCCUACUUUUUCUCUGACAUUCUUUUAUUUGACUUUUUUUUUUUAUGGAUAUGUUUUGCCAUUGGAUAAAUGCAAACUGAUUGUGUUACAUUUAGACAAAAUGCAAGUUCAGUUGAGGAUACAUGUAACGAUGUAUAACAUUGUAUGUUUGAACUCAGGGCUAUAAGCCACUCCAAUAUGUUAAAACAAAUUGUAAGAGAAAUUGUUUUUUUAGAUGACUGUGUUAACUUGAUGUAAAAAAACAUUUAACAAAUUAUCACCUGGCAGGUGAUAAUGCUACGGUUUGAAUUUAAGGCCAGGCUUGAGACAAAAUACCAGACAUGAUACUACAGUUAAAGCUUGAAAAUGUAUAAAAUAUUAAAUAUAUUCCUGAUCCAGCUGCUGUACAGCUGCCUCCUCACCAGCAGGUGGCAUCGUAUCAUAACAACAAACAACCACCCAAAAAAACCACAAGGUUUUAUUUCUGUUCCCCUUCAAAUAACAACAUGUAUAAUACCUCACAUCAGGCUGCGCAACAAAAUCUCCAUUGCUCUUGUUUGCUGCCGAGGUGUUGCGACCUUAACUGACCUUGACUUGUGUAAUGCAGUGCUACUCCAUGUUUGUCUUGUUUCUGUUGAUGUUUUGUCAUUCGACUGCACUGGUGAAAGUGAAUAAACAUGUUUUCCAAGUUGGAACCUGUAA